AUGAACCACAGCUCAUGCAUAUAUUCUUCCACAAGGCCCACUCAUGUAUUCAUACGUGAGAAGGCUGAGUGAAGCCCAGAGGCAUCAGGAGAGCAUCUCCUGCAACAGAUAUAUGGUGGAAGAGAGGCAAGGACCUAGGCCCCAUACCGGACUCCAAGGGUGUUAAAUACCUUCUUCAAGUUCUCAUGCCUUUAGUUCUUGAUGGGUUCACAGGAGAUGCCCAACCAAGGCAACAACCGAGGGUUGGUCCUGUCGGUUGAUGCUAAGCCACGGCUUAAAUGGACUCGACAACUUCAUGAGUGCUUCACUGAUGCAGUCUCUCAGCUCGGUGGUGCGGAUAAAGCGACACCGAAAUCACUGAUGCGAAACAUGGGAGUUCCCGGCCUUACUCUGUACCAUCUGAAGAGUCAUCUUCAGAAAUAUAGGCUCGCGAAGAGUCGAGAUACGAACACAGCAAAUGAUGAUAGAAAAGAUGAUUGUGAGGCAGCUAAUAACAAGACCAUAGAGAAUGAAGCUGCGCAUAUUGACGAGGAGAAAACACCAGCUCAAUUCGAUGAGACCAUGUUACAGAUGCAAAUGGAGGUGCAGAGAAAAUUGCAGGAACAAAUUGAGAGGCACUUACAGCUCCGCAUAGAAGCGCAAGGGAAGUAUCUGCAAUCGGUUCUAAGAAAGGCACAGGAAGCACUUGCUAGUUACAGUUCGAAUUCAUUGGGAGUGGAGGCUGCCAAGGCCGAGCUCUCGGAGCUGCUCUCUGCAGUAGAGACAGAGUGCUUGAGUUCUUCCUUGUCGCAAGGUAGCUUGAUUCCCAAACGAGCUGAACAUGCUGAUUGCUCUACAGACAGCUGCUUAACUUCAUCUAUAGAGAGACAGGAGGCCAAGGUUCAAAAGCAGUGUAAACUGGAGCGCAGCUCUUCUCUCGACAACUGGAGUGAAGGGUCUGAGGAGAUCAAUCCUAAUAGCAGGAAAACAAUUGAGACUCGAGUGAACGACAAGCUCAGUGGGGCAAAGAGAAGCUGCAGCAGCGUCUUUGGGGAAGCCAGUGUUAAACAGCCAGCAAUUGGCAUGCAGGAAACUAAUAGUUUUGGGGUGCCAAGAGAGCUUGAUCUAAACAGAUAGUUGGCCAGUAAAAGCUGGGAGUGAGCAAUGCCAUUAGUGAUUAGCCUAUGAGAAUUGUCUCUUACUUUGAGGACCACAGCAUAUGAGAGUUCUUCGGCCAUUAGCUGCUGCUCUCCUAUAUGUUUGUUACUGUUGAUGUACGCGUGUGGAUGGUGGCCCAAACCAGACCUACCUUUGUCUUUAGUUUUGGUGAGAAAACCAGACCUUUCUAAAGCUUGGUCCUCCAUUAUAGCUCGUAUAUACUGUAUGUUUAUUUAGAUACAGUGAUUGAAGCUGGGCAACAUGGAGAUGACA